CACCCCUAGUUGACAGAAGCCAUCAUCUGAGCAAAAAUACUUCGUGCAGAAUAAUGGAAGAACAGGCAAAUUCUAUUUCCCAUAAUACAAAGCAGGUUUAAAGGCAAGGGAUUUGCAUGAUAGAUGGUUAGGCUUUUGAAGAGGAAAAUAUUAAAACGCAGUGAUAUAUGGUUGGGAUUUUGAAGGAUUUAAAAAUAAAUAGUAGAAUUAGUAUAACCUGAACCGGGUUUUUGAACUGUUAAUUUUGUUAACGCAUAACUUGACAUUCGGCUGAACCGGUCAUGAACAGAGAACAGUUCAAGUUGAACAGCGCUACGAAGAAGUGCGUUGAGUGGUGAGUAUGGAGCAAUCGCUGUGGGGUCAUUUGCCGCUUCUUCUGAGGGCCAACACAAAGGAAUCCGUUGAAUACAUUCUUGAAUCACUCUGGCGAACGCGAAAGUGCGGUCUCGACUCUUCAGAACGACGUGUCAUCCAAGACAUCCUCCAGCUUCAAAACGACACCGACCUCGACCCCCUUCUGGUGUGUCUUCGAAUGUUGAUUCGGAGGUGCGUGUAUGAGAACACGAGCAAGGACGACAUCACCAAGCUCUUUCCGAAUGAAGUGUUGCCAGAACUGCAGAAGCUGUUGACGAUUCUGUUGCACAAGUUUCAGCCAUUGUGGCAACAAGAUGUGCUCAAAGAUAAGAAUGUUGUGCCUAGGUUAAAGGCAAUGACAUGGAAUAUGGCAAAUGCUGAUGAAGAUUCAACAGACCCUGCAGCUGUUAUUAAUUUGAAGCUUCAAAAUGAUUCUCAAUUUCACUCUGGAGAGCUUGAUGUUAAGUUCCGGUUGGCUACGGACACUCUAGAGAUGAUGCUGAAAUCAAUGCACAGUAUUAGAGACCAAUUUUCAACCUCAGAGGAGGUACCAAAUGGCCAUUAGUAACAGUAAACCAGUGGAGUUUCACACGAGAUGUGUCAUAAAGAAUGAUAAUAGAAGUGUGUAAUAUCUGCCAAAUACUGAGGUUGAAGUUGAUGCUGUGUCUGAUUUAUAAAGUUAAUACUUGAUGGUGAUUUCAACUUGAUCUGAGUUUUGGAUCUUUGCGUAUUUGAAGGGGGCUUCAAGCUGCAUUGACAUUUGUGGUGGUGGUGAGGGAGUAGUUGAAGCAUGAUUCGGACUGAUCCUUAAAAACUGACCAAACCUUUGGCAUUUGAUGAUUGGUUUGGUAUUUAUUAUUAUUUUUAAUUGUUUAUAUAGUCGUGCUUUUUAGAUGAGAACAUUCUAAUCUUAUACAACUUGCGUUAAUAUAACGUCAUAGUUUAAUGGAUAGAGCAGUUUCCUUCCCUGGAUAGAAGCUAUUCUAUUGCGUAAUUCAUGGAUGUGACAACCCCAUUUGUAAUGGGAAUAUAGAAGUUUCAACUUUCAACAAAUAAAUAUGCAUACUUAAUUA